UUGCUCCGCACGGCUUCUGAAGGCGCCAUAAUCACUAUUUCAGAUUCUCGACUCAACGUCACUGUAGUGUCUUCACGAUAUAAUCGGACGCUUCAAUCUGCUAUAGCAUUCACAUCUUCGUUUUUGUUCCCUAAUAAACUGUCUGUACCGCAAGUAUACAUACAGGCUUCAAAUUUCACAUUUCUGUGUGCUAGUCCUAAUUGCGCGUGCCAUAAAAUAAAAGAUGGAGAGGCCAGUUCGAGAAGAAGAGAAGCAGACGUGGUUAGAACUCAGAGCGCUUUCUUCCAUGCCAAGGAUCCAUUCCAAAUAAUCGACGAGCGGUACGAGUAUUUCGUUCAACGUUCGCCAGCGCAGCUGAGAAGAGAAGCAGACGUGGUUAGAACUCAGAGCGCUUUCUUCCAUGCCAAGGAUCCAUUCCAAAUAAUCGACGUUGCUCUUGGGAGGUAUGUGUGCCGUCGGAAAGCCCUCCCUUGUUUCGGAAAGUCGUACUGUUUGAGCUACGAGUUCCUAAGCCAGCUUCUAAAUGAAACGACAACUCGUAAAAAAGUGAUGUAUGAAGAAGGUUCGCGCUAUGUUGUGGAAAAAUUGAAUCUAGUAGAAGCUUACGGAGUUCUUUAUCAUGUAGCUGAAACCAUCGCAAAUCUAAGAAGAUUCCCUCAUACAAAUAGCAUUCAGGUCUUCUCUGGUCAUGAUGUAACACUUGCGCCGAUAUUAAUGGUACUAAAAGUACCAUUCAUAGAUCCACCACACUAUGUAUCACGUCUAGUUUUC